AUGCCGAGUGCAACUCUUCCACAAGCAUCGCUGAAUGAAGACGUCAGGAAUAAAUUGCUUGAAUUAGAUGAAGAAUUGGAAGAUGGAGAUAUCACUGAAAAGGGCUAUUGGAAGAAGAAAUGCCGACUUCUGGGUGAUAGUAUUCCUGACAGAACUAGGAAGGAAGUCCUGUCUCUUGAGAGUGACUUAAAAGAUAAAAUUAUCACAGAGAAAGGAUAUUAUAAGAAGCUGAAGAAGGUGUUUGAUUUAUUCUUCAAACUGACAGAGACAUCAAAGGACCCAGUGGUAGUUAAGAAGAAGGAGUAUGGAAAAAAACAAAACGGACAUCAAGUAGACAAAGAUAGAGGGUCCAAUGGGCACUCAAAUGGAUUUGAGACUAAAGACAUUGCUGAAAAUGAAAGUGGUACCAACGGUAAUGGUGUAUCUAAUGGAGCCGUAGCUACCAAUGGGUCGAAUGGCAUGUCUGUUGAAAAUCACACCGAAGAUAAAGAGGGGCAAAUGGAGAUACAAAAAGAAAAGGAAAGUAGCAGUGAAGAAAGAGAUGAAGAGAAGGAUGUGGAAGUGAAGUCACCUCGAGAAACUUCCGGGAAAAAAGGCAGAAGUCGAGGAAGCAAGAACUCCACUGGAGCCGGACAACCAUCCAUCAUGUCAAUGUUUAGCAAAGUGCCAGCAAAAAGGAAGUCGACCGCUGAUGAGGAAGAGGACAAAAAAUGUGAAGAAGAAAAGGAUUUGAAAAAAGCCAAGAUAGAGGAUAGUGAAGAUAAAAUGGACACAGAUGAUACGGAUACAAAGGACCCAUGUGACAAGGUGAAGGUGGAAGCCAGCCCUGCCCCUAGACUACCUCCUGCUAAAUGUCGUGAAUGUAAACAACUGCUUGAUGACCCAGAUCUGUUAAUGUUUCCAGGAGACGCAGAGGACGCAGUGGAGGAGUUUAUAGCAUUGACCAACCCAAAGUUGUCUGUGUUUACUGGUGAUGAAGAGAAUAUCAACAGUUACGAUGAACGGCCACAACAUAAGAUAACAAAUUUUAGUGUGUACGACAAAAAUACCCAUCUCUGUCCAUUUGACACCGGCCUGAUAGAGAAGAAUGUCUUACUCUACUUCAGUGGCUCCCUCAAACCUAUUUUCGAUGAGAACUCCAGUCCUGAGGGUGGUGUGGCUUGUCGCAACAUGGGCCCAAUCAACGAAUGGUGGACAGCAGGCUUUGAUGGUGGAGAGAAUGCACUUAUUGGGUUCAGCACAGCCUAUGCUGAGUACAUUCUGAUGGGUCCUAGUGAAGCAUACAAACCAUUUAUGGACACAAUGAGAGAGAAGAUUCACAUCAGUAAAGUGGUCAUCGAGUUUCUGCAGCGCAACCAGGAUGCUACAUACGAGGAUCUUCUCAACAAGAUAGAGACUACAGUUCCUCCCACUGGUUUAUUGAGUCUGACAGAGGACUCGCUGCUGCGCCACGCCCAGUUUGUUGUCGACCAGGUCCAGAGCUAUGAUGAGGCUGCUGAUGAGGAUGAAGGUCUUCUCAUCACCACUCCCUGUAUGAGGGGACUUAUCAAGUUGGCUGGAGUUACUUUAGGCAAGAGGCGAGCUCUAAGGAAAGAAUUACGCAAGGAGAAGAAAGAGAAGAAGCCUGGCCAUACAAUGGCCACUGUAACACCACUGGUCAGCGAAAUAUUCGAUAAAAUGUUUCAAGGUCAACUUGAUGAGAAAACUGGCCAGGGAGCAAAACGAAGACGAUGUGGAAUAUGUGAGGUGUGCCAGCAGUCAGACUGCGGAAAGUGCCGGGCGUGUCAGGACAUGAUCAAGUUUGGUGGCACCGGGAAAUCGAAACAGGCCUGCAUGGAGCGCAGGUGUCCAAACAUGGCAGUUAAAGAUGCUGAGGAUGAUGAUUUGGGAGAGGAAGAUGACGAUGAUAAGAAGCUGAAAAUGGAAGAAGUGACGACUCCAGAUAAAAAGCACAGAUUGUCGGUCAACACAAAGACAAAACUCAAGUGGAUCGGAGAGCCUAUCAAAAAUGACGGAAAGAACUCUUACUAUAAGAGGGUCAACAUUAACGGUCAAGAGGUCACCAUUGACGACUAUAUCUCUGUAAAGCCAGAGAGCACCUCUAUGGCUGUGUACUUAGCUCGUGUUGCAUAUCUGUGGGAGGAUUCCCAUGGCAACAAGAUGUUCCAUGCCCACUGGUUCUGCCGAGGUACAGAUACAAUUUUGGGGGAGACCUCUGAUCCCCAGGAGUUAUUCCUGAUGGACGACUGUGAAGACUGUAAACUAGAAACGGCCAUAGGACUGGUAAAGGUAAUUCAUAAAAAGACUCCUUCCAACUGGGGGAUGUUGGGAGGUAUAGAACAUGCUGAUGAAGAUAUUGACAGAGAAGAUGAAAAUACCUACUUCUAUCAGAAAUGGUAUGACAGUGACUUGGCCCGGUUUGAGGACCCACCAAUAUGUGACUUCCAACCAGCUGAUCACCUGAAACACAAGUUCUGUACCAGCUGUCACAGACUGAAUGAGCUGAGGAAGAGGGAGAACCCUGCCCUGGGUGAGGAGAUCAGUGUGGAUGAUGGCACAUCCAGCCGGGUGUACUAUAGCUGUGUGAAGCGUGACGGCCUUGAGUACAAAGUUGGGGACUGUUGUUACAUAGAGCCUGAUGGCUUCACAUUCAACGUCAAACCUGCAGUCCCAAAAAAGCCUAAACAAGAGAAAACUGAUAUGGACGAGGACCUGUACCCAGAGGCCUACAGGAAGACAGAGUACAUAAAGGGAUCCAAUGACAAAUUGCCCAGCCCCUUUAGGGUCGCCCGUAUAUUACAGAUCUUCUGUAAAAAGUCACAUACCUCAAAGAUUUCUGACAUGACAGAUAUCAGACUGAAGGUGGCCAAAUUCUACAGGCCAGAAGACACUCACAAAGGCGUGACGGCAGGUUAUCAUACGGACAUGAAUGUGUUGUUCUGGUCAGACGAAGAAACCACAGUGGAAUUUCAGCUGGUGCGUGGCAGGUGUGAGGUGGUAUAUAGUGAGAACAUUCGUGAUCUCGAAGACUAUUUCUCACGAGCUCCUGACAGGUUCUAUUUUACAGAGAUGUAUGAUAGUGAGAACAAGAUGUUUGAGGAGCCUCCUACUAAGGCAACACAAUGUGGCUCCAAGGGCAAGGGGAAAGGAAAGGGUAAAGGAAAAGGGAAGAGUACAGCUGUGGUGCCCGACAUGAGUGAGCAAAAAUCUGUGGACUUUCAGAGGCUGCGCUGUCUGGAUGUAUUUGCUGGCUGUGGAGGUUUGUCCGAGGGUUUCCACCAAGCUGGUAUGGCAGAGAGUCGCUGGGCCAUAGAGAAGGAAGAGCCUGCAGCUCAGGCAUUCAGGCUUAACAAUCCUGGCUGUGAAGUUUUUACAGAUGACUGUAAUAUUCUGCUCCGUCUUGUCAUGGAUGGGGAGACAAGCAAUGACAGAGGCCAGAAACUGCCUCAAAAGGGUGAUGUAGAGCUGCUGUGUGGUGGUCCUCCUUGUCAGGGGUUCAGUGGUAUGAACAGGUUCAACAGCCGUGAGUACUCAAGAUUCAAGAAUUCGCUUAUCGCAUCAUACUUAUCAUACUGUGACUACUACCGACCUCGCUACUUCUUGUUGGAGAAUGUGAGAAAUUUUGUCUCCUACAAGCGCAGCAUGGUACUGAAGCUGGCCCUGCGUUGCCUUAUCCGUAUGGGAUACCAGUGCACCUUUGGAGUAUUACAAGCUGGCAGCUAUGGAGUUGCCCAAACCCGCAGGAGAGCUAUCAUCCUGGCAGCAGCCCCAGGACACAAGUUGCCCUCCUAUCCAGAACCUCUACAUGUGUUUGCUCCUCGGGCAAUGCAGUUGUCUGUACAAGUAGAUGAGAAAAAGUUUAGCUCGAACAUUACUAGAAUGGAGGCUGCACCUUUCCGGACCAUCACAGUUCGGGAUACAAUGUCAGAUUUGCCCGAGAUUCGCAACGGAGCAAAAGCAGAAGAAAUCUCUUACCAAGGGGAUGGCCACUCCCACUUCCAAAAACUGAUCCGUGGAAAGCAGCACCAGCCUAUUCUAAGAGAUCACAUUUGUAAAGAGAUGUCAGCUCUUGUCCAUACCCGUAUGCAGCACAUUCCCUUGGCCCCUGGAUCUGACUGGCGCUCACUCCCUAACCUGGAAAUCAGGCUUUCUGAUGGAACCAAGACUAAAAAACUGCGAUAUACCCACCACGACAAGCAGAAGGGAAAGAACAGCAAGGGUAGUCUGAGAGGUGUAUGUUCCUGUGCUGAAGGAAAGGCCUGUGAGACUAUGGACCGUCAGUUCAAUACUGUGAUCCCCUGGUGUCUCCCUCACACAGGCAACCGUCACAACAACUGGGCAGGACUGUAUGGCCGACUCGAGUGGGACGGAUUCUUCUCCACCACUGUCACUAAUCCUGAACCCAUGGGCAAACAGGGCCGUGUGUUACAUCCAGAACAGCACCGUGUGGUCAGUGUUAGAGAGUGUGCCCGGUCACAGGGAUUUCCAGACACCUACCGCUUCUUUGGUACCAUCUUGGACCGUCACAGACAGGUUGGUAAUGCAGUACCACCUCCCAUGGCUAAGGCUAUUGGCCUGGAAAUCAGGAAGUGUUUAGAAUGGAAUGCACAGCAUAAGAUGGAAUAUGGACAAAUCAAAGGAGAGCCCAAGGACAUAGAAAGGGCAAAGGACAUAGAAAUGACAGAGGUUAAGGAGACAAAUGAUACAAAACAGAAAGUGGAAAAAAUGUCACCUUGUAAACCGGGGUCAUCGUCAUAGCGAUGGUGUUUUGUACUGAUUUUGAUAGAGUGACACAAGAUUGAACUUAGUGAGCAGUCACGAGGGCAAAUGUAGGGGAGAAUAAGUGCAAGGUCUGAACAUAUGGGAGAGUACAGAGAGUUUACAAGACUGAGAUAAACAACUAUCCUUAGUCCAGGACCUACCCUCUCGAGUAAUGAUGGAGAAUUUACAGGACAGUUUGUCAGAAAAACAGGAAAAGUACUGAGAAUUCAUGACCGCAAGGUGUGUAAUCUGUUGUGUCACAGACAUGAUACCACUCUAGAUAUUAACUUUUGUAUGGUUACGGAAAUGUCAGAAUCAUAUUAAUGUUUAAUGAUGUUGAUGUGUGUGACAUUGGUAGUGGAGAUAUAGAUAAUUGGAUUUCAAAGAUGAUGGUCUUGGCCUUGGCCUUGACCUUGCGAGAGUGAACAGAAAAUAAAUAAAUGUUGCGGUGUUAAUUUUCGCCCAUUGCUUACACUAGAAAUCUUGAAUGAAAUUUGAUACAGUUCCAAUCAUUAGACAAAUUAUUAGAUCAGCUGAUUUUCAUUCUAAAUACCUUUGAUCAUGAAAGGCAUUUUCUAAGCUUAAUAGUUCAGUGAAGAUUAAAUUAUGAAUGAAAUGUUGUCAAAGAUCAUCUAUUUAUUUUUCACUAAAGUUUGUCAAUGAUUAAACUGUCUGAGUAACUUAAUACAUGUCAGGUUUGUGGACUCGCCUCGUGUUCUAUAGUGUUAUUUAUACAUAAAUAUAUGUCCACGUCACAUUCUGUCACACUAUUUAUACAUAAAUACAUGUCCACCUCACAUUCUGUCACACUCUUUAUACAUAAAUACAUGUCCACGUCACAUUCUGUCACACUAUACAUAAAUAUAUGUCCACCUCACAUUCUGUCACACUAUACAUAAAUACAUGUCCACCUCACAUUCUGUCACACUAACAUAAAUACAUGUCCACCUCACAUUCUGUCACACUGUACAUAAAUACACGUCCACCUCACGUUCUGUCACACUAUUUAUACAUGUCCACGUCACAUUCUGUCACACUAUACAUAAAUACACGUCCACCUCACAUUCUGUCACACUAUACAUAAAUACAUGUCCACCUCACAUUCUGUCACACUAACAUAAAUACAUGUCCAACUCACAUUCUGUCACACUGUACAUAAAUACACGUCCACCUCACGUUCUGUCACACUAUUUAUACAUGUCCACGUCACAUUCUGUCACACUAUUUAUACAGGUCCUCGUCACAUUCUGUCACACUGUUUAUACAUGUCCACGUCACAUUCUGUCACACUAUUUAUACAUAGAUACAUGUCCACGUCACAUUCUGUCACACUAUUUAUACAUAGAUAAAUGUCCACGUCACAUUCUGUCACACUAUUUAUACAGGUCCACGUCACAUUCUGUCACACUAUUUAUACAGGUCCAUGUCAUGUUCUGUAGCACUAGUUAUACAUAGAUACAUUUCCACAUGUUCUGUUGCACUAGUUAUACAUUGCAAUUGCCUAUUGAAUAUGAAAUAACUGUAUGGC